UUACGCCGGCGACCCAGUCCGCUGUGUGUUGUCAUGCUGUGAGCAUGUCUUUCACUAUUUUGAUCCUCGCGUUAUCCGUCGUGGGUACGUCGUCUUCGGGAGUCAACGUGACCGGGAACCCGACAUGGGACGGCCUCUUGUCCAAGUGCUGGAAGAGGGCGAGCUUCACGUGCGUCCAGGACGGCCUCAGGGAGACGAUCGAGGACACACUUGAAGGCGACAUAGCUAUCACCGAGUCGAUCAACUUCGUCAAGAACGAAAACAAAUACUCGUUCGAGUCAAACGCGGUUUACGAUGAAGAGGAAGAUUUCGCCGCUUUCGUCAACGCGGUUGAAGACUCGGAGGCCCUCCACGAGAAGCGAAGGCCGAAGCUCAUCCUGGAGCCGCGUAGUGUCGACGGCAUAACCGAUAUCUUGUACAACAAAGGUGUACACUAUUUGAUGACCCAUACUCUCGAUCUUCAGCUCCCCGAGGCGGGAUUCGGUGGUGGGAAAAUUAAAAUCGAACCUAAGUCCAUCGAGGAAGACGGUGGAGUGCUCAUCAAAGUCAAAUUCGACGAUCCUCCGAAACCUGAAGGGAGGAUAUUUUUAAAGAAAAUGAAGCAAGCCUUCAAGAAGAAGCUUAUGUCGAGCUUUAUGGCCGCGCUGCUAGUGAUAAAGCUGAUAAAAGUAAAGUUGAUGUUCCUACUUCCAAUAAUAGUCGGAGUGGGUACGGCGAAGAAGAUCCUCUUGAAAGUCCUCUUGUUCCUCUUCCCUGCGCUGACCCAUCUGUUCAAGCUCUGCGCUUAUUAUCAUCACCACCAUUCCAAAUACCAUCUUCAUCAUCAUCACCAGAUCGCACACCAUCAUCACCAUUCUAAACCGAUAUACAUAGCGCCGCCUCCAGUCGAAUACGACUACCCGCCGCCCGGGGGGGAAAUCAUCCACAGGAGCGAGCCGAACAACGAGCUAUCAUCCUGGGGCAUCGAGUACGAAGAGCCGAAACAUGAGGAUCACGUCAACAGGGUUUAUUCAGUCAACUUGCCGAACAAACCGGACCAACAAGCGGUCUACGUACCCUACACUGGGCACAAGCCGUACACCCAGCCGCAGCACCAACUGCCUGAAGACCCCUUUUACUCGCCGAUCCUCUACAAACUCGACCGGGUCUUCACAGAGCUCGGUUUCACAGACGAGCCUUGUAAAGAAAGACUGGUCUGUAGCAUGUACAAGACUCCUGAGAGAUUCAGCCCACAUAGCAAUCUCGUCUCGGCCGAAAUUUCAAGGGAUCCGAGUGAACUACAGAAGCCAUUGUAUGCUAAUACAGCUGUUGUAAGAUAUUUUCGAUACGUACAAGCCGCCCGGAAUGGGCAGGACAUGAAAGACUGCCUAGCCCUGUACCCAUCGUGCUCAUUGCUGACAGAAUGAAAGACACGUCCCCAACCAAACUUUCCCAGUGUUCCCUCCCUGUGUGGGCGUCCACUUCAACCAGGGAAUCCUGGUCGACUGCAUCAACAACCUCAACACUCCUCAAUACAUCAAGUCGCGCAGCAGUCACCAAAAUAGUUCUGUUCAUAAUGCUCGUUGCAUUGUUCACCGUCGGCAUGGGCAUACUACUCGCGUUCGUUCUGAACCGUUGAAUGUUUAGAAUAAGUGAUUGGACUUUUGCAGAUUUAUUUAUUAUUUGCCUACUGCUAAAAACUUUAUGGUCCUCCUCAUUCUAAGCAUUCUGAAUUAUUGGAAAGACAGCAUUAGGUGGUGGGUUAAAAGUGGGUGCGAUUUUUUUUUGUAACUUAUAGAUGAAGUAUGGACCAGGAAAUGAACUUAUUUAUUGUCUUUGUAAAUUAUUAUUUAGUAAAAUUAGUGUGCUAUAGAAUGUUUCUGUUGAAUGUGAAUGUGAGUUUGUAUUUAUUGAAAGAAUGUGUCUUUCUAAGAUCCUUAGUCAUUAACGAGUCAAGUCAAAAGUGCUCAAUGUUAAAAGUAAAAGUGUUAAAGUUUGUUACUUUUGUCUUAUGUUAGAUUCCAAAUUAAUUAAUUUGAAAUAAGACAUGAUUUGACAUCAAUGUAAAAAUUCUAAAUAUAUUUAUAUUUUUAA